GGAGGAGGAGGAGGAGGCGGCAGCGGGCAGGGAGCUCUCUGCGGGCGCAGUGCUGAUCCGCCGGCGGGCGGCCGGGAAUGCGAAGCGAUGGCCGCGGGCGGCUCGGGCAACGGCGGCGGCGGCAGCGCGGAGGAGAAGACCUACCGCCGCUUCCUCGAGCUGUUCCUGGGCGAGUUCCGCGGGCCCUUCGGGGCAGAGCCGGAGCCCGAGCCGGAGCCCGAGCCGGAGCCGGAGCCGGCGGCCCCCCCUCCCGCUGCCGAAGCCGCGGGAGACGCUGACGAGGAGCCCGGGGCAGAGGGAGAAGCGGGAGCGGCCGCCGAGGCGGAGGAGGGAGAAGGCGGCGAGGGCGAUGCCGGCGACCCUCAGCCGCCCGCCCCGCCGCCGCCGCCUCCGCCGCUGCCCUCGCUGCCCCGGCCGCUCUCGGAGUACAUCACGGAGGAGGAGGUGGAGGGCGAGUGCCUGGACCUCUGCCUGCAACAGCUCUACAAGUAUAAUUGCCCCUCAUUCCUGGCCUCUGCUUUAGCCAGAGCAACUUCAGAUGAAGUCCUGCAGAGCGACCUCUCGGCGCAUUUCCUGCCCAAGCACGUGGACAACGCCGACGGCAUCAUCCAGAUCGAGACGGUGAAGUUGGCCCGUUUAGUUUACAGCAAACUGCACGAGAUCUGCAGCAGCUGGGUGAAGGAUUUCCCCCUGCAGCCCAAGCCCCACCGCUACUACGAGACCUCCAUCCACGCCAUCAAGAACAUGCGCAGGAAGAUGGAGGACAAGCACGUCUGCAUCCCCGACUUCAACAUGCUCUUCAACCUCGAGGACCAAGAAGAACAAGCUUAUUUUGCAGUGUUUGAUGGUCAUGGAGGAGUGGAUGCUGCCAUCUAUGCCUCCAUCCACCUGCACGUGAACAUGGUCCACCAGGAGAUGUUCCAGCAGGACCCGGCCGAGGCUCUGUGCCGCGCCUUCCGCGUCACCGACGAGCGCUUCGUGCAGAAGGCAGCCAGGGAGAGUCUGCGCUGCGGAACCACCGGGGUGGUGACUUUCAUCCGAGGGAAUAUGCUGCAUGUGGCUUGGCUGGGGGACUCCCAGGUCAUGCUGGUGAGGAGAGGCCAAGCUGUGGAACUGAUGAAACCCCACAAACCAGAUCGAGAGGAUGAGAAGAAGCGAAUCGAGGCCCUGGGCGGCUGCGUGGUCUGGUUUGGAGCCUGGAGGGUGAACGGGAGCCUCUCUGUCUCCAGAGCUAUUGGGGACGCUGAGCACAAGCCAUACAUCUGUGGGGACGCAGACUCUGCCUCCACGGUGCUGGAUGGCUCUGAAGACUACCUCAUUCUGGCCUGUGAUGGCUUCUACGACACAGUGAACCCCGAUGAGGCAGUCAAAGUGGUGGCUGACCAUCUGAAGGAGAAUAACGGUGACAGCAGCAUGGUAGCACAUAAAUUGGUGGCAUCUGCUCGGGAUGCCGGCUCCAGCGACAACAUCACGGUCAUCGUGGUGUUCCUCAGGGACAUGAACGCGGCGGUCGCGGUCAGCGAGGAGUCGGACUGGACUGAGAACUCCUUCCAAGGGGGGCAAGAAGACAACGGGGAAGACAAGGAGAACCAUGGAGACUGCAAACGGCCGUGGCCCCAGCACCAGUGCUCAGCACCUGCAGAUUUAGGCUAUGAAGGACGAGUGGACUCCUUCACCGACAGAACUAGCUUAAGCAUAGGCUCCAGCGUUAACCCCUUGGAGGAUCAAGGCUAUUUAGACCUGACAAAAACAGAAACUAGUACACCUCAGAGUGCCAAAUGUCUGCCACCAGUCCAAGCGUUUAGUCCUGGCAUACCAAAGAGCGCGGGUCCCAUCAGUGGCUCCCCGGUGAAGAGCGAGGCCCCGGAGCUCAGCGCGCCCUGGGGCUGCGGGCGGAGCGAUCGCGGGGAGGACGAGCUCGCCCCUCUGAGCUCGGGGGCUGCAGGGCAGGGCAUCUACAGGGUCAGGGGCUCAUCCCCCGUCUCCUUCGGGCUGGAAGAUGAACUGUUCCAAUCCUUGGGAAAACGAGCUGCGUUCUCUCAUUUGCGGCUCUGCAGCGGGAAGAGGCGGCGAGGAGCCAGGCUCAAACCAAAGUUUCACACGCCCCUCUGGGCUCAGGAGCCUUCCCAGGGAGAAGGAUCCGGCCUGCCCUUCCCUGCCCGGGGCCGCAGGAGCAGGAGGGCGUUGGCCCGGCCCUCCCCGUGGCGGAGGCUGCCCAGCCACGGCUCUUACAGCGAGUGUUUGAUGCGAAGACAAAGUCAUUGUAUACCAGACCCACACCUUCAUCAAUGCUGUAAAAUGUAACCAGCCCCUCGUGUUCCCCUGUCAGACUCCCAAAGUAGACAUUCCCAAAAUAAAACUGGCAUCAUCAGAAAGCGAAAAAGAAAAAAAAAAAAAAAAAAAAAAGAGGUGGGCAUUUCCGAACUGUACUCCGAUCCCCUGCCAAGCUCAACCCCUGUGUAAAUAGAACUAGGAAUUAACCAAUGUAGUUGUUUGGAUCUCUAACAAAGUUUGGUGGUGGUGCCACCCCCAGCAAUGCCGCAGCCGCCCGACCACCCGCACACACGAGUGUCAGCCACAUCCAGCAGGGAGAGCCCAGCAGCGCUGCACGUGGACAGACAGACAGACAGACAGACAGACAACGCCAGGGCACGGUCCUUACACACGCAGAAGGUUGCACCUGCCUGAGAAAUGUCUGUGGAGCAAUACUCAAAGAACGAUCUGGGUUAGAACUGCCAAAUUUUUUUAGAGCGGGGGGAAGUUUCCAUAGAGUCGAGGUGUGGGGUUUUUUUGGGUUUUUGUUUUUCCUUUCGUGUUCUGCUUUCUGUUUAUUCCAGGUGAGCGUUAAGAUGAAUUAGAAAAUUACAUCCACUUUUGCAGGUAGACGACUAAAAGCCAUACAGGGUUUACCAGGUACCUUAGGAAUGGACACACUAAGCUCCUGCUGCUCUGGUCUCAGACUCCCAUCGAGGUACAGACUCAUCAUUUACCUUUUUUUUUUCCAUGUAAUAUAAAAUGCAGACUAUGAAGAAAACUUUUCUUGCAGUUUAAAAAAAAAAUUAUUUCCUAUAGCUCGAGGUGCAGUGUAGGGAAUUUCAUAUCUUUCUGGUGCUUUUAGUGGCAUUUUCCUCAUUUCUCAGUUUAGGAAAUUGUUCUCAAUGAGUUGAACAUGACUGUGCUUAAUGUUUUGAGCCAACCUCUUCCCACCUUAACUUCAUCUCAGGUCUUAAAAGAACCCAACCCGUGGAGGUGUCCAGUCCCACCCUCUGUCCCCGCGCCCGUCCCAGCGGAGAUCAGGAGCUGUUGGAUGAGCUGUGUGGCUCUGGUGAGGAUUCCCAGCUGGCAAAGGCCGCAUUUCACAGCCAGUGGCAGCAGGAAGGCCGCAGCACCGGGGCUGCGUGCUCAGGUGUGUAGGGAAGGAUGCCGGAGCGAUCCAAGGGGAUGCAAAUGCCGAGGAUGCGGCAGAGCAGGGGCUGCGCUGGGGCUGCAGCGGAGAGGGAGGAACUCAGUGCCCGGGCAGGGCUCUGCUGCGGCUGCCCCGGGCCCAGGAGGGCCAGGCAGGAGCUCGCUGCCCUCUUUGCAUAAGCAGCGGCCAGCAGCCCCUCCCCGCUCCCGAGGUGAGGUCACGCCCUUAGGGGAGCCGCUAAUUGGGACGUAAAUAAGCGGCCGAUUCCCGUCAGCUCCACUAAAUCCAGAUCCCGUUCCUACCCUUUGUUACAGCGAUGCAUUGGGAGGAGGAUGAACAAAAUAAGUUUUCAUAGGCACUUAGUGAACAAUCCAUAUCAUUUUAGCAGUAACAAUAGCAGUAUUAGUGUUUAGCUAGAAUUUGCAAAGUAUUUUAAUAUUAAGUAGUGAAGAAAAUUAUUCAACAUGACAAGAUGGCGAGGCUUGAAUUCUGCCAAUUUCCGCUGCUUCUCUCUUUGAUGCACUAUUUUAAAAGCAAUCUGAUGAACAGCAAAAGGCUUUGUGAGCAACCAGGAGUUGAAGUGUGGCUUUAGAUUCCUUUGAUCUUUUUCAGACUUUGUUUUAAUCUUACGGGAUCAUUGGCUCUUAUCUGCCAUCUUAUUCUGCCUUAGCUGUUGUCAACGUUCUCUUUAGCUGCAGCUUCUGUUCCAAGUCAGAUUUACCGAGGAAAUUUGAGAAACCAUGAAAUGGUAAAAUAUGCAACUUUGGGGCAUCUCUGCGGUGCCUUUGUUUUAAAUUAUUCACAGUAAUAAUGACUCACUGAAAGUCCAUCUUUAGCUGACUGUCAUGUUCUGGAGAGAAAGGUGGUGUAAGUGCAAUUCUUGAUGUGAGUAAAUUAGAAUGCAAACCCGUCACAAAUGAUUAAACUUCUUCCCAGUCUGCAGGAGCAGUUGAAGAGCACUGGACUGCAUGUGUGCUGUUUUGGGAAGGAUCUAGCUUUUUUAGGUGUGGAUUCAUAAAUGGUAAUUCUGCGACUCAUCCCAUUUAUCUUGCUAGGAGAAAAAAAACAAUCCACCAUCGUAGUUGCAGUGUGGUCAGGUAAAACCAUUGUAUAGAUAGAGCAAGUGUUCAUUUCUUCACUAACUGCAUAUUUAUAGAGUAGAUAGGAACCAUUUGUAAGGUAAGUCCUUUAAAGUUCUAUAAUAUUAAAAGUAGUGGUUAUUGGUCUGAUUAUGCUGCUCUUGAUUCUACACACUAGACAAAAAGCAGUGCUUGUGAAAUGCAGUGUUUUCUCUUAAUGCCACUGGUGAUAGGAAGUAGUUCCUUCAGUUCAAACUCCUGUGCCCUUAUCUGCUGCUUGCUGACGUAAGCAAUAAUCCCUCUCUAAUGGUAUCUAAGUGUUCUGUAUUCGUACCUUGAUCGUCUAUCUGGUGACAGUGUAAAAUAUUAGGCUAAUAGAGAACUAUCUCAUUGUAUUUAUUAACUGUUGAUACUGAGAUUUAGUCUGUGACCUGUGUUUUGUAUUUUUAUCGUGUAUCUUAGUGGUGGUGAAAAUUUGUACAACGAAUCUUUCCAAUAAAGAGCUGAAGUAUC